AUGCACUCACGCUGGAACAACGUAGGUACGGUAACAGUGAGGAUUCCACCGAACAUUCGCGGCCAACGUGCAGCUCAUGGCGGUCGGCCGCAUAUAGACAGGCUGUCGACAUCACCGGCCAUAACAUCGCAGCUUACCCGCAGAGUCGCUGAAAUAAGCGACACUAUGGAGGUCCGGAUAUCGCCUCGCGAAUUUUGCCGGGCUCGCAGCUAUCCCAGCGAAAAUGAGCUUUCGUCUGGUCAGCACGGCUGGAGCACCUCGGAAUGUUCGUCUUCCACAUGUGACACCAGCGGAUCGCAGAGUCGCGCCAACAAUUUCAGGUUUUGUGGCGCCAGAAGCUCACCACUCCAUUCGUUGAAGCGGUCGACGCGGCCGAAGGUACAGCAGCAAAUCGAUACCAAGAAGGCGGGCGUCAUAUGUGCCAAUUGCGAUGCGCUACGGAUGCAACUCACCGAAGCAACAACUCAGUGCUACGACCAGUGGAUAAGCCGCAUCAAAGUGCUCGAGGACAUGCUCCAGGAGAAGCAGAAGAUAAACGACGAGCUGCAGGCGGCGUGGUUAGAACAGCGGCAAUUAGUCGAAGAGGGGCAACACCGCAUCGCAGUGCUCAAUAGAGAAGCAGAAGCUGAUGCCCAGACCGCCUUAAACCUUAAGAGUGAAAACUAUCAGCUCGGUGAAGCCAUAAGACAAAAAGACGAGCUCAUAGAGGAACUCUGUGCUGAGAUCAAACAACUGCAAGAAAAGAACAGGCACAGCGCCAAACUUCAAGAAAUGGAUAUGCAUACCAUUGAUAAGUUGCGUCGCAUGGUGGCAGCCAAGGACAAACACCAGAAAGGCACGUCUUCAGGCGCCAAGCGAAAUCGUAAGGUGAACGUAAGAACGACAAUCGCACGAAAGACACGGAAUCGCCUAAACGGAAGGCAUCGAAUCAAGGGAUUCAGUGUAACUGUCAACCGUUUGAUAUCGUUGCCAGCUGACGACGCAACCUCGUGGAAAACAGAUGUGACAGGCCCUCCUGUCGGCAAUGAAGUGCGGAUUUAA